UGCAGGAAACAAAGGCUUUCUGGAAGGGCUCCCGGACCUCUGCUGCUGCUGGCGCCCGAGCCAAUGAACAGGGAGAACGGCGAGGUAGCCCCACCUCCGCCUGCCUGGCUGGGGUUCCUCUAGCCGGGGAUGGAUUGAGGAACAGAGGCUGGGCUUCGAGCCAAGUUGCCUGUAGGAGCUCUGUGCCUGGGAAAGCUUCCCUCGGAGCUGGCUGGCUGGCUGGCUGUGCCGGAGUGGAGAGAGGCUGGUCUAGAGAAGACACUGAAAGUUUCUCCGCUCCUUACUCCAGGGGUCAGAGAGGGGACCAGCGGACGGAUACCAUCAGGUCUGAGGCUUUUGCUAUGACCGAAGCCUUCCCACAGAGCCAGGACGUGCCCCUGCACCCGGAUCAGCAUCAGGCUCUCUUCCAGGCCUCCCAGCCUUUGGACCCUUGUGACCAUGGGCAGCGUCAGCAGCCUCAUCUCAGGCCACAGCUUCCAGGGCAAGCACUGCCGAGCCUCCCAGUACAAGCUUCGUAAGUCCUCCCAUCUAAAGAAGCUCAACAGGUAUUCGGAUGGGCUGUUGAGAUUUGGCUUCUCCCAGGACUCUGGUCAUGGCAAGUCAAGUUCUAAAAUAGGCAAGAGUGAGGAUUUCUUCUACAUCAAGGUCAGUCAGAAGGCCCGGGGCUCCCACCGAACAGACUACACCUCAUUGUCCAGCGGGGAGAUGGGAGGCCAAGCUGUGUUGGAAUUUGGAACACCCCCGAAGCUUAUGCCUUUCUCCAAUCAGCUAGAACUGGGCUCGGAAAAGAGCAUUGCAAGGCCGACAGCAUUCAAGCCUGUGUUGCCACGGUCAGGGGCCAUUCUCCACUCCUCCCCCCCAGAAAAUGCCAGCCACCAACUGCACGCAGCUCCUCUGGAUAAAGGCAAGGAUCAGGAGCUAAAACCUGCCCUGUGCUCAGGGGCACUGUCUGACUCAGGCCGGAACUCUAUGUCCAGCCUCCCCACUCACAGCACCAGUAGCAGCUACCAGCUGGACCCCCUGGUGACCCCCGUGGGGCCCAUCAAUCGCUUUGGAGGCUCCGCCCACAACAUCACCCAGGGUGCCAUGCUUCAGGACAGCAACAUGAUGAGCCUGAAGGCUCUGUCCUUUUCCGAUGGGGGCAACAAGAUUGGCAACCCGAGCAAAGCCGACAAGGCUGCCUGCAUCCGCUCACCCCUCUCCACGGAUGAGUGUACCAUCCAAGAGCUGGAGCAGAAGCUACUGGAGAGAGAGGGAGAGCUGCAAAAGCUACAGUGCAGCUUGGAGGAGAAGGAGCUGGCCUCCAGCCAGGCCUAUGAGGAGAAGCAGCGGCGCUGUCAGGAGGAGCUGGAUGGACUCAAACAGAAAUGCAGCAACAAGCUGAGGCAGGCCUCCCAGAAGAGCCAGCGCACCCAGCAGGCUCUGCAGCUCCAGGUAUUUCAGCUGCAGCAGGAGAAGAAACAGCUCCGGGGGGAGCUGGAAAAUCUCAUGAAGGAACAAGACUUGCUGGAGACCAAGCUGAGGUCCUAUGAGAAGGAGAAGACCAACUUUGCUCCUGCCCUGGAGGAGACCCAGUGGGAGGUAUGCCAGAAGUCAGGUGAGAUCUCCCUCCUGAAGCAGCAGCUGAAGGAGUCCCAGACGGAGGUGAACGCCAAGGCCAGCGAGAUCCUCAGCCUUAAGGCACAGCUGAAGGACACUCGGGGGAAGCUCGAAGCCAUGGAGCUGCAGACCCAAGACCUGGAAAGCGCCUUACGGACCAAGAGCCUGGAGCUGGAGGUGUGCGAGAACGAGCUGCAGCGCAAGAAGAACGAGGCGGAGCUGCUGCGGGAGAAGGUGAACCUGCUGGAGCAGGAACUGCUGGAGCUGCGGACUGAGGCCGGCCUCCUCCGCCAGGAGCGCGGCCGCAGGGGCGAAGCCGAGUGGGACGGCGCCGCCCCAGGGCCCACCGGCCCAGAGGACAUCCCCGCCUUGCAGAGGGAGCUGGAGAGGCUUCGGGCUGAGCUGAAGGAGGAGCGGCAGGGCCACGACCAGAUGUCCUCCGGCUUCCAGCACGAGCGGCUGGUGUGGAGGGAAGAGAAGGAGAAGGUGAUCCAUUAUCAGAAGCAGCUGCAGCAGAGCUACCUGGCCAUGUACCAGCGCAAUCAGAGGCUGGAGAAAGCCCUGCAGCAGUUGUCCAGGGGGGAGGGGGGCGCCGAGCCCUUGGAGAUCGACAUCCAGGGGGCUGAUGUCCCCUACGAAGAUAUCAUUGCCACCGAGAUCUGAGGGCUCUGGGAGGGGAAAGAGAGGGGUACCCAACUGAGACAUCGCAGCCCUCGCCAUUGCUCAGCUGUGCUGUACUUGGGGAAGCCCUUUCUUCUACAAUCUUGGCCAAGCUGCUCCCAUCUCCCCCAUCCCUCUCCCUCUUCCCCACCCAGCCACCAGAGGUAGCAUGUCACUUGCCCACUCCUCCAAAAGAGAAGAGAUACGUGAGACUUGAUGCUGUGGCCAAACCAUCACCAAGGUGUCUGCAUUGGGGGAGGAGAGGGUACCCUGAGUUGAGCUGGUCAUCAUCCCCCUCACUGCCCUCCCAGGGGUAUUAUAGCCAUCCCAACCUCACCUCUAUCUUUGUGGACACCCAUAAUUCUCCUCUUGCCCUGAGAAGAUUUUUUGUUUUCUCAUGAAGACACUAAUUUGCCUUGGGAUGGAGAAAAGCCAUUUCUGACCAGGAGCCUUUGGAAUCGGAUGCCCUUGCUAGGGAGAAGCUCUUGAGGACAUCCUGAAUGAUUUCAUAAGAAGCUUCCUCAGUGAUUCCAGAAUUCUUUGGAUUCCCAAAGACCCGCCCCUGCCCCUGAGAAAAAGAUUUGAUAGGAAGAAUGGCUCCAAGGAUGCCAGGGAUAAAGUUAGGGAAGAAGCCUUAGGAUUUAGGGAAACCUAUGAUGAAUGAAAGAGGAAGGUGAAUAAAUCAUAGCGAGCAGUAGUAGGAAUGACAAAGCUAAAGGCCAAGGGCUCACUCAUGCCAACUCUAGUUCACCUCUCCUGGUCAGAGAUGGUUGGUCUCUUUCCAAAGAUGGCUGCUAAGCUUUGACUUGGGUGACACCAGUGUCUCCAAAGCUAUAGAAACCAAGGGACUGGACUUCAGAGUUUAGUAUCUCCCCUAGAAUUCUGAAGCAAGGAUUUGUACUACUUUUCCAGUGUCCCUAAGAGAGCUGCCAUUUUUUUCCAGGCAGAACAGGGGAAUGGAUUUCUCUGCUGGUUCUAAGCUAUAAACCUGCUGCCUUUGACCAUUCUUCCAACCCAUCUGGAAGUAUUCCCUUAGCGUCCAGAAUCAUCGAUGGAUACCACCAUUUCCCAUGUAACAAUGGAGCUUCUGGUCUUGGCUCCAUGUCCCCUGGCCUUAUAAAUUCUCCUAUACCCAACCUGGCCCAAUUUUUGGGUGGUAUCUUCAGUGCCAAUUCUUAACAAGUUUCAGUACCAGGCCCAAAGUUCCAUUGGACCAGUGGUGCUGGAGCUGAAGUUGGAAGACAACUUCACAUCUAUCAUCCCCAAGUCCAUCAAAUAAACCGACAAACACUCCCCUGAUCCUUCUUCCACGUCACAGACACAUGGAGACCAAAAAGCCAGGCCAGCAGGGUCAGCCAGAAUCCAAGAGAUCUGGAAAUCAGAAAACUUGGACUCUGGUCCUAGUGCUGCUGCUAGCUAGCUGUGUGACCUUGGAGAAAUUAUUUCCCUUCU